AUGAGGAAUCGCAUGCUUUUGGGGUUUCCAAACCGGCAUAAAUAUGUCCUGGUGGCUGCGAUCCUGACGCUAUUCAUCAUUUUCAAGUCUGUGCCCUCAUCCAGCCUAGACCCCCGCACUGACAAGUACGGGGAAGACCGACCACGUUAUCUUCACCAGUCCAAGUUUCGCGCCGAUCCAGACUAUGAAUAUGAAGUCGAGCUCUCCAAUGCGCUACGCGCUGUGGAGAUAGAAAGGGAAAUGCGCCACGACGAGGAUGCGACAGAUACACUGUGGCAGAUUAUGCUACCGGGUGUCAGCCAGCGAAGCGACGAUUCAAUCCAAUUCGAGAAGAAGAACUCAGAAUGGAAAUACAAGCUUGUACAAGCCGACUGGGCUGACAAAUUCAUUUUCGAGACUCUGGAAUCCAUCCCGGACAUCGCCCGACUCUACAAAGCAUAUCCACACUCCGUCCACCGCGGCGAUCUCCUCCGCUACCUGAUUCUAUGGUACUACGGCGGCUACUACGCAGAUCUCGACGUAUACCCCGCACGAAGCAUCAAGACCUGCCCAUCACUGCGCGACUCAAUCUUCAAAGACGACACAGUCAACAGGAAUGUCUCGCUAGUCGUCGGAAUUGAGAUCGACGAGCCCUUCGCUUCGCCGCAGAAGAUGCGCGACUGGCACUGGGCCCGACGGUAUGGCUUCAUCCAGUACGCGAUAUAUGCGCCACGACGGUUCAGCCCGCUGCUGAGAGAGAUCAUUGUCCGUGUACUGUCCCACACCAAGCAGCGAGCCGACAGAACAUAUUUCUGGAGUGGGAGAUACAACGAAAUGGAUACGCUGGAGAUUACAGGGCCGGGCGUGUUUACAGAUGCCAUUCUCGACGUGCUAUCGGAUACAUUGCCAUCUACACAUCGGUUAGUCCAGCAGUCUGUGGACGCGGACGCCGAGUUCUCGGCUUCGUCUGUACAGCGUGUGACGUGGGCGCCUUUCCAUGGAAUUCAAGAGCCUGUCUGCGUUGAGGGAUCCGAGGCCAAGCCUGGCAAGCUGCUGGGAGGGCUAUGUGUUCUACCUGUUAAUGCGUGGGGCAAUGGACAGCGGCAUUCUGGAGCGGAGAACUUCCAUAGCCAGCAGGCUUGUAUCAACCAUCGGUUUGGGGGGACCUGGAAGCCUUGGAAACAGAGCUGGCAGAAGUAUCUCUUUGGCUGA